CAGCGCCGCUGCCUUGAAGUUGUUCAGUCAACUUCUAGCGGCCGUGCCGCCCGUGCGGCCCGGCGCCCACGGCCCAGUGAUUCGCGCACUGGAACGCGAGUACAGCUGCCUCAAACUGUGGUGUGACGGGUAUGGCUUGGCAUCUGGUGGCCUAGAUGUCGCUCUUGUCGACUCCAGGAGACUCCGGCGCUUGACGGUUCGCCUGCUGGCCAGCAUUUGCUCUACUCUAGCAAAUACUAGUGCUGAGUCUGGCGCUGCCAUCGUUACACUGUCCAUGGGACUAUCCGACUCAAGCUUGCCUCCCUAGGACUUCCUCCUGAGAUGUCGUAUAUAAUCUCGCUUGAUAAUACCUGUCGAGCCAAAUUAAGAAAGCAAGCAGCCCUGACGAAAGACCUCGUUAAGGACGCGACGCAUGCCAUUCGUGACAAUGACCACGCAGAGUCGGAUAGCGACGAUAGCGACGACAGCGAGUCGUUCGGGACGGGCUCUACGUCCUCUCAAGACAUUAUCCAGAUGAUCGAGGGCCUGAAAACAGACAUCCAGUGUCUUGUGGCGCUAGGACCGAGAUUCAGGGAGCCCUUCCUAGACAAAAGUCACUGGUCCGACAGAGAGGAAGCUGCCGCUCCGCCCCAGCAGACAGGCUGGAAUCCCGUCGAGUUCCUGACAUCUCGAAUACGCCAUCGUUACCCAGACGCCGAUCCCGCCUUUGCCCAGAUUCUCGGCCAGGCGAACUGGGAAAGGGCCCAGAGACUGUAUACUGCGAAGGAGAAGAACACGCAGGACGCUACUACUAGUACUAGUAGCUCACAGAAACCAGUCCUGGAAGCUGACUCCGCAUCAGUGCCUCCGGAGACGGUUAUAGAGUCGGCGUUCCACGACUCGGGUCUAGGGAACUCACUUUCCACGGCCAACUACGCCGAAACCAUGUUCUCGUACCAUGGUACAAACGGCAUCUCGAUCAAGAUUCCGCCAAUCCCCGCCGCAGGACGACAAGGCAAACCUGCCAAGGUGUCUCAUUUUGCUCAGCACCUCGAGGAGGUCACGUUGAUGAUUCUGCCGGCAAACGCGGAACCCGAGGGGCUUGAUGUCGAGGCGGUCGAUAGCGAGGACGAGCCGAUUAUGUCCUCUCGAUGGUUUCUCAACCGAUAUCGGGAGGACCUAUCCGAUGAGGAGGCUACUACUACUAGCAGUAGCCGCACCAACAAACCGUCGCCGACACCCAAAGCAGAGAUGGCAUCCCAGGCCGAGCCACACGUGGAGACUGGCAGUGCAGCGUGGUAUCUUGGCCCACAACCACCUCGAGCCUUUCGGUGCUUGUUCGAACCUUGUCCUUAUUGGUCGACGCGGGAAUCUAACCGGAAGAAGCAUAUGGAGAAACCCCAUCGUUGGAUCUCCGACAGAGGCUCUGAUAUCGAGUCCAUACUGUUGUCCGAGUCCAUGACAGAAGAAAAGGAGAAAGCAUCGAGUUACAAGAAAGUAUCGGAAGCUACAGACCUGCCUUCGCACCCCUCGGUAGCGGGCCUCAGGAAGGGGUAA